UUAAACAAUUUUUAACAAUAAAUUGACAAUAAACUAUAAAUAUUAUAAACAAUGGCAUUCCAAAGAAGUUCAAUGCGUUAUGCCCAUACAAAUGGUCACACAAGUUUAACAUACACUGAAGAUGGACAAUAUAUAAUAACUUGUGGAUCUGAUGGUGAUAUACGUAAAUGGAAGGGUAUCGAUGAUGAUGAUCCAUCAUCCAAUUGUUUAGGGGAAUUUGUUAUUUGUAUUGCUCACUAUGACAAACGUUUGUUGGCUUCAACUGAUUUAAAUACUGUCCAAGCUUAUACCUUUCCUGAAAUCGAUCGGGAUGGAACAGAAAUGCGUUUUACAGCUCCAGUUACAUGCUUGAAAGUUAAUAAAAAUUUUAUUGCCGCUGGUUCGGAAGACACUACCAUAAAGGUUACUCUGCGGGGUAAAAGUGAAGGGGAAUUCACUUUAGAAGGUCACUCGGGUCCAAUUCUAGCCAUUGACUUGAGUGUCAACGACUUGUUGGCCUCCGUAGCUGGAGAUGGUUCCUUAAAGAUUUGGAAUUUGUCUGAAAAGAAAGAAAUUAAGACAAUCUCUGGACUUUCUAGGCUUAAAACCUUUGAAGAUGCCAAAUGUUUUGGAACUCCAUCAUUCGAACCACAAACUGGCAAUUGUCUGGCUUAUGUGAAAGGCAAAGAAGUUAUUGUCUUGAAUACUAGCACUUGGGAGACUCAAUUCACUCUAACAGAUGAAAAUAUUACCUCCGAAUACAGCUGCUGUGAAUUCUCAGCCGAUGGUCAGUUCAUUGCAGCUGGAACUCGAAUUGGUGAACUGUCUGUGUUCAAUUUUGCACGAAAACAGACGGUCAAAUGCGAGACCUCGAAUAGUGAAUGUCAUGGAAUUACAGCACUUGCUUGGAAUCCUAGUAAUAAUACCGAAGUGGCAUUUUGUGACUCCACUGGGCAGCUGGGAACAAUUGUUUCGGGAGAAUUGGCUACUAAUGACUUUCUAGAUGAUGCAGCAAUGGAAGAGGAUAGUGUGGACAAUGCUCUUGAUGGUUUUGAAUUCCAGAACGGUGAUGCUGGAGACGAAGACGAAGAGAACUGUGUUUCCUUGGAGAAGUUAAAAAAUGACACAAUGAGAAGGAAUGGCUUGCAAACAGAUGAAGAAUCUAGAGAUUCUCGAGAUUCCCGAGCUAGACAACAGCGUUCGGUUAGUGUUGAGCGACCAGUAGCGAAGUUGUACAAACAUCAACCACCAUUCCAACCCAGCUCCACGCCAAGUGAUCUAGAACAUAGGUAUCUCGUUUGGAACAAUGUUGGUAUUGUCCGUGCCCAUUCAGACGAUGGAGAGGGUUCAAUUGAUGUAGAAUUCCAUGAUGCUAGUGUCCAUCAUUCGCUUCACAUAACAAACUAUAACAAUCACACAAUGGCAAGUCUGAGUUCCACUGCCCUGGCCCUCUCAGGAGAGUCUUCCACUAAACUGGUUUGCAUUGCUCUGGCGGCAUCUGGGAACAAGGAGUGGUCAGUAGAAAUGCCUGAUUGUGAAGGUGUUGUUGCUUUGGCGGCAUCGAAUAAACUUGUAGCUGUUGCUACAGAUAUGCGAUUCUUGAGAAUAUUCAGCGUGAUGGGCACUCAAAGGGAAGUUAUAUCGAUUCCUGGUCCAGUUCUAGCCAUGGCUGCAUUUCAGGAUCGCCUGAUGGUUUGUUAUCAUAAUUCAGCAGCAAGUGAAGAUCAACAUAUAUCUGCUCUGCUUCUACAAACCAUUGGAUUGACUGUUCGGACGAAAGAAAUUCGAGUUCCGUUGCUAACUGCAAGGAAACUGACUUGGAUUGGAUAUUCCGAUUGUGGUUCACCAGUAAUGAAUGAUACAAUGGGUCUGGUGCAAAUGUACAGUAUGAAGACAAAUUGUUGGUAUCCUGUUUGUGAUACUAUGAAACAAAGUCAAAGUGUUUCGAAUAAUUUCUUUAUCAUUGACAUCUCGGAGAAAACACAAAUUAUUCAAGCUGUUCUUUGUCGAGGUUGUUCAUAUCCAAUGACCAAUCCAAGACCUAUGAUGACUGAAUUGCCAAUGCAAAUGCCAGUUUGUGAUUUGGAAUCGGAGAGGUCAGGUUUGGAAGAACUUUUGAUUCGUUCUUCUAAUUUUAGAGUUGAUAAUGCUGAGAAGAAUAUUAAAGAAACUGCUAUUAAGUUAUUUGCUAUUGCUUGUCGUGCUGAAAUGGAAGCUCGUGCUAAGGAAUUAAUUGAAAUGAUUGCAUCGCCAGCAUUAUUGCCCUUGGCUGUAAAAUAUGCUACAAAAUUGGGUAGAAUACAUUUGGCUGAUAAAUUGAGUGAAUUGUUGCCACAAUUGGAGGAAACGGAAAAAGAACGAGAACAUGAACUCCGUGAAAUUGAAGCAGAUGCUUUGGGAAUCAUCCAAAACAGCCCCUUGAAUGCCAGUCUACUUCUCGUGCAAGCUGCAAAGCAUUCAUCAUCACAAAGUACAACUCCGAAAUUUGCUCCAAAACCAAUGGUGCUUAGCAAUCAAAAACGUAAUCCAUUCAAAAGAUCAGCUCUCAAAGCCAAUCCAGUAGAGAACUCACCAGAAGUUGAUUAUCUUGUUAAGAAAUCCAUUGACUAUGAAUUAAGACAAUCUCAAUUGAAAGCCCAAUUAGAAGAAAAAGCUCGACUUGAAGAGUUAAAAGCAAAAUCUGCCGAACUCAAACAAAAACGUCAAGAUGCCAAUGAAAAGAAAACUCUACCCGAAAGUCAAUCUUCAGUCAUUCCAGAUAGUCAAGAAGUUGCAGGAGAUGAAAAUGUUGCAAAGAAUCAGAUUCCAGCUGGAACAAAUUUUUUCUCUUGGUUCACCAAGAAUAAAGCAACCCUCCAAGAAGAGCAUCCAGAUUUAUUUGGUUCAGAGUUAACAAAAAUUGCAAUGAAACAAUUCAAGACACUUGGUGGCGGCAAAAGUACUCCUGCAGCAGCUCCAAUAAUUCCAGCAAAACGUAAACUUAACGCUGAUGAUGAAUCACCUAAAUCCACAUCGUCAAGUAAAGUUUCAACCUUUGCCAAAUUGGCCAAAUUUGAUUUUAAAAACUAAACAGAAAAAAAAGUAAUAUUUUAUUGUUGGUAUUGUUUUUUAUGUAUGUAUUUAAGAAAUAUAUUUUUUUGUAUUAAUUUAUUAUAAGCUUCAAA